UUGUUUCUGUGAAGCUUGUGCGAGCUUGGUGAGCUGCGGGGUGGUGUGAGAGGGGGAGGAAUCAGGGGAGGUGGUGAUGCGGAGGGUUUUCCUCUGAUUGUGAGAAGAUUUUGCGAGGAAUUGAUUAACUUCGUUGUUUUUCUUAAGGGGUUUGUUCAUAGCUCGGAAUUGACGGGGGUGGUUUGAGGGGUUGGAGGAGUUGGGUGGAUUGACGGGGAGAGGGGAAUGGCGGAUGCGUGGGCGAGGGAGUUUCACGAGACCGCUUUGUUAACGGAGGAGAUUGACGGGCGGAUUGCCGAGAAGAAUGCUUUGCCUGCUCACUCGAGCGAGAGCAUUCGGGUCGUUUCUGUCAGUCGGCGUAAACUGGCGGUAUUGAACAAUAAGCUAGAUCGCCUUGAAUCUCUUCUUCAGAGUGACUCCUUGAAGUCCAGCUUGAACGAGAAGGAGUUGAAUCGUCGACAAAAUAUGCUCGUGGAUAUCCGCUUCAAAUUCAAGCAAAUGUCUGAGUCGCUUUCCUCUACACGAGACAACAGGGCAAGUUUGAUGGAAGGUGGGAUUGCGCCAGUCGAGACUAGUAGAACCCAGGAUUUAGAUAACACCGGACUCGUAAAAUUACAAAGACAAAUAAUGAAAGAGCAAGACCAAGAUUUGGAGAGUCUUGAAAAAACAGUUUUGAGUACCCAUCACAUCGCUCUUGCUGUUAACGAAGAGCUGGACCUUCACACCCGAUUACUUGAUGACAUGGACCAGGAUGCGGAUGUAACGAAUAACAAAAUUCUGGCGGCACAGAAAAGACUUGGGUACCUGAACAAGAACUUAGGUCAGGAGUGGUCGCUUCUUACCAUGAUCAUUUUGAUGGUUGUUGUGGUGGUCUUGGUCUUGGUUUUGUUCAAACUCUUGUAGUAACUAGUGUUUUCAGUAGAUGAUUUGAAUUUGAGUGAGCUAGAGUUUUAGUGCACAAGCACACGGUCAUGUUUCAGGGAUCGUGUUGAAGGCUGUGAUGCUUGCAAGUGCUUGAGGGAGAAGCGUUGUUUCGCCCAUUAGUAGGUGAGUAAUUGCUCAAAGAAGCACAUGUGGGAACUCUAGUUGCAACAUUACUCAAGCAUGUAUGUAUAUAUAUAUAUAUAUAUAUAUAUUUGCUGGGCAAUCAGAAGGUUGCAAGCAUGUACUGUAGUUAUCAAGGUAUACUAUUUUGGCAUUGCCUCAGUUUACUAUUUGUUUCGCACAAUUCAGAGGCUGCCGUACUUUUUUGUAACCUU